AAACAGAUUUUGUAACAAAGCAGCAGCAGGUGGACUUUGCUUGCUUGGCACAGCAACGUUUCCACAGAAGCCUGGCAGAGGUUGUCACUGCUGUGUGGCUUUUAGCAGGAAGAUGAUCACCUUAAAGGUGUUUUCUUUUUUUAUUGUGGUCUUGUUUGAAACCAGCUCAACAUCAGCUGUAUCAGCGGAGCGUAUCCCUCGUCAGACAGUUGUCACAAAGCAGGGGGCUGCUGUUCUGUUCUACGCUUCCUACCAGGGCUCCCUGAGAGACAUCGAGUACAACCCCAUCAUCUUUAACGACGUGGUGGUGAACCUGGGGUCUGCAUACAGCAAUGCCACAGGCAUGUUCACUGCUCCAGUCGAUGGCAUCUACCAGUUUGUGUUUGCGGCCCAGCUCUGUCGUGGAGAUCACAACAAUGUUUGGGGGUUCAUGUUGAAGGGGGUCCGGAAAAUGGCCUGCCAUGCUCAGGUUUCUGGUACUGACACGACCCUCAACACAUGUUUCCUCAUGCAGGAACUGAAGAAAGGUGACAAGGUGUCGGUGAAGCAGUUUCCUGGGAGCUGUGCUUGGGCCAGCACCACCUCCAGAACCAUCACCUUCUCCGGCGUCCUAUUGGCCAGUGAGGGCGUGUCCAUGCUGGGGGUGAAAUAUGUCAACUCCUGUCCUCUGCCUGGUCAGAGCAGCAGAUUGGUGUUGUCAGACUCAACCGUCCUGAGAGCAGCUUUACUGAGUGUCGUCAUGUCUCUGCUCAUGUGCUGGCUCCUUUGUGAUUAAUGGUAGAGUUAUUAUGUACAGAAGGUUUUAUUCAUACAUAUGAUGUAUUUUAAAUGCAAAAAUAUAUGCUGAUAUUUUUCAACAAUUUAUUCCUUUUUUCCCCUUAUUUUUGCUUGAUGGAUCAGUCCAUCCAUCUCUUAAUAUCUGCAGAAAUUGCACAUGACUGGCUCAACUUAAACAUUAUGUUUACUUGAGAGGCUUUUGUAUUUUUUAUCCACUAUCUCACAAAAGUGUUUUGAAUUUUUAGGUUAUUUACAAUCACAUUAAAUAUUCAUGGCCCAGAAAAGAUCAUUUCUAAGAACUACAUACAAUAAAUCAGAUUUGUGUGUG